AUGCGAUACGACACCGAGAACAACCCUCUAUUUUCAUACGUCCUUCCUCCCUUACCUCAAUUCCCUUUACCACCUUUGCCUCGUAUUGUCGAUACCGAUCUAUACGAACAGGUGAUCUCUCACGUAUCGAUCCAAUGCUUGACCCGACGGAGCGUGAUGGCUUUGGCGGAACCCGAGGAAGAUUGGGAGAAGGCAGUGGAUUACGAGAAACUGGAACAUUUGGGAGACGCUAUACUGGAGAAUGUGGCCACGGGGUUGAUCCAUGAGGAGUUUCCUUGGUUGAGGCAGGGUGGUGCUGCUAUCAUUCGAGAUUACCUGGUAUCCAAUGCUACACUCGCUCAACUUUCAGUGAUGUACAAUAUACCUCUACUUAUCAAGGCGGACCCAUCCUCGAUCUUAUACGUCAGAUCGUCAGAGAAGAUCCAAGCGUCAGUACUGGAAGCGUGGAUUGCGGGUGUAUAUUACAAUUAUCUCAAGUAUGGCUCCGUACAAGAUGAAGAGGACGAAGAGGAUGGCGAGGAUGGCGAGAAACCGCCCAAAAACCUCCAACCUGUCCUGGAACCUAUCAGAUCUUGUCAAUCGAUCAAUACUGAUCUGAAGGUAGAAGAAGUGAAGAAGAAGAGAGACGAGGUCUCUCAUACUGCCGAUUUGGAAAAUCUGAUCAAUACCAUGAUGAUCGCUUCUACUUUCAGUAGAUCGACUACCGUCGUCCACACGACAACUGUAUCGAGUACGGAGAUCAGUACAAUUCCAGGUCCUGGUUCAGAAAGUCUUGUCGCUACAGGUAUCAAUAAUCAGUCAAGCGAUCUGCCAGACGACUCAAGCCUACAGUCAUCCCAGCUCCUACUACCUUCGCAAUUAUCUUCUUUACUCAUGACCGAUACCUCCGCAGAAAAACGACAACCGCCCUUGAUCUCACCUCGUACCAAAGGCCAAGCAUUCGAUUACGUUCACUCAUGGCUCCAACCACUCCUGACGCCAUAUUGCCGAUGGAUAUACACCUUAUUGCUGGAAGAACAAAAUAAGAUCUUAUCAACGCUUCCACCGGAAGUACCUAAAUUGGUGAUUCCAGAUCAUUGGAAAGAGGAAGAUAGGAAGUCCAUGGGAAUGCCCCAAGCUCUAUCGCAACACCCUUGGAUCAAAAAUGUAGGUAAUAAACCUGUUUAUGUGAAGGAACCGAAAGUUGGGCAGAGGUGGAAGGUCACUUGUAAAGUCGUUGAUCUCGAUGGUAAAGAAUUGCUUGGAGAAGCUAUUCGACCUAACGUACAGGCUGCUAAGAAUGUUGCGGCUUGGAUGAUCUAUAGGCAGUUGGGUCAAUGA